AUGCGCCGGUGGAGUCUCAGUCGUCAUGCAAUAGAAAACUGCGUUGCUAUGACGCUGUUGAGAAGGUGCUCCUCCACAAACCCAGCUAAUGUGCAACGACCUGCUUAUUACCGAAAGCCGCACCAGCAUCGUAAACCACUGCAUAUGCUUCAAGAAGAAUUCCCGAAUGCCGGAGAUGCAUCUGGAGCCUCAGUGCGAUUGUAUGAUUACUACAAAACAGCAGAGUAUGUCAACCAGUUGCCAACAAUCAAGGAGAAAAUUGAUUUUGUAAGCCCAUAUGAACGACCGUGGACUAGAGCGGAAAAGACAUGGCGCCGGUGA